AUGAUGGUUUCUCGCUCCAGCGAAGCCAGUGAGGGGCAGCGCCCCCUCACCCCCUCCAGAACGCCCGGCACGCCGAUUAAACCGCGAUUGGUUCGAGUCGGUACCAGCCCAACAAAACGAGACGAGAAACCGAAAGAGGACAAGGUCCUUAAGUCAUCGGCUAAGGAUGUCGCAGAGCUCAAGGACUAUCAAUUGGGCGAUUGCCUGGGGAAAGGUGCCUUCGGGUCUGUCUAUCGUGCAUUGAACUGGAAUACUGGGGAGACGGUUGCGGUGAAGCAAAUCAAGCUGGUGGACCUCCCAAAGACCGAAUUGCGUGUCAUUAUGCUGGAAAUCGACCUCCUGAAAAACCUGGAUCACCCGAAUAUUGUCAAGUACCACGGAUUUGUGAAAUCUGCUGAAACUUUGAACAUCAUUCUGGAAUACUGUGAGAAUGGCUCGUUGCACUCUAUCGCAAAGAAUUUUGGUCGUUUCCCCGAGAAUCUGGUCGGUCUGUAUAUGUCCCAGGUUCUGCAUGGACUCUUGUAUCUACACGAGCAGGGUGUUAUUCAUCGAGAUAUUAAAGGUGCCAAUAUCUUGACUACCAAGGAGGGACUGGUCAAAUUGGCUGAUUUCGGCGUGGCAAGCCGCACCACGGGGUUGAGCGAGUCGAGCGUGGUCGGUACUCCAUACUGGAUGGCCCCAGAGGUCAUUGAACUCUCGGGGGCAACAACUGCCUCAGAUAUCUGGAGCUUGGGAUGCACAGUCAUUGAGCUGCUCGAGGGCAAGCCUCCUUAUCACAACCUACAACCCAUGCCCGCUCUGUUUCGCAUUGUCAAUGACGAUCAUCCCCCUCUCCCACAGGGUGCUUCGCCGGCUGUCAAAGACUUCUUGAUGCAAUGCUUUCAGAAAGACCCUAACCUUCGAGUCUCGGCAAGGAAGCUUCUCAAACACCCUUGGAUCGUCAAUGCCCGCCGCACUGACUCGGUCAUCCCCAAGAAAUCAACCGAAUACGAAGAAGCUGUCAAGAGUGUGCAAGAGUGGAACGAGGCCUUGCGGUCCCCUGGCUCAGGUACCUCGAGGAAGCCCAACAAAUUUGAUCCCAAUGCUGGUCCUUUGCCUGCUGCUCGCAGCAGCUCUCUUGUCGAUACGUUACCUUCUCCGACAUCCAUAAAAUCUACCGAUAGGUUCCGAUCCCCAGACUCAAAUGAAGAUGAUAACUGGGACGACGAUUUUGUUACUGCGAUAUCCCCAAGUGCACUGCAGCUGCCUCACCUUAGGCCUCAUGAUAACUUCGGCGGCAAGCUUUCAUCAGAAAAGCUGAAAGCGUUUGCGUCCCUUGACGGAACUAUGCUGCGACAAGAUGACAGCUUUGAUGAAUUCGAGGAAAGCUCGCGGGGUUUUAUUCAAGCGGAAAAUGAUCCCCUACAGACAAUUCGACCAUUCUCGGCCAAAACACCAGCGGCUGAACCUUCCCAAUCUCGAAGUCCUACAAGGCGUCAGCCGAGCAAGGCACCAACUUCUGCACUGCAGAACGUUCCCAUUUUGACACAGAAUCCCGUCCCUCCUAUCAGACGCCCUCGUCCAGCCGCUCUUUACAAGGAGAAUUCUGUGGAAGAUUACACCGACCUCAUAAUGGCCAACGAAGAUGUCCUUGAUCGGAAGCUUGGCGUCUUUCAGGUACCUAGAUCCUCGGACGAAUAUCCAUGUCUGUCAAUUGCUCACCAAUCUCAGGAACUGGACGACGACCCUGCCUCUCCUACCCACGACAAAGACUGGCAUUUCGAGGAUGAACUGGGUGGCCAUCACCCACAGUUGCGGAAACAGCUCUCCGUGAAGCGCGAUCGUUCCACUAUAGAGAUCCAGAAAUUCGCCGAAAAUGAGAAUGAUGAAGAUUUCUCGGAUAUCCUUGGGGCUGACCAGGCCGCUCUGGACAAGCCAGAGAGUGACGAUGGCUCCGAUCAAAGCACCCUCAUGCUGAACUCCAAGCUAUCCAACAACUCUUGGCUAGGAGAUCAGGACGAUGACGAUGACCCUUUUGCGCAAUUAGAGGAGGGCUUUGAUGAAAUGGAUCUGGAAGCCAACAUUGCUCGAGACAAGUAUGCCCGUCUUCGAAACCAAGUCGAGGGGCUGGUCGGCUCUCUCAAGACUUCUCAGGAUGAGGAGGUUCUGGCAGAAAUCUCUGAACAGCUUCUUGCAAUUUUCUGUGACCUUCCGGAGACAAAGAAUAUCAUCAUCAGCGCCCACGGCAUGCUGCCUAUUCUGGAGAUUCUAGACACAUCGCGCCGUCGUGACAUUGUUUUCUGUCUGCUUAGGGUUGUGAACGCCAUCAUCUAUAAUGAUUAUGAGAUUCAGGAAAAUCUUUGCUUCGUCGGUGGAAUUCCAAUCAUCAACGAAUUCGCAUCGAAGAAAUAUCCUCGCGAGAUUCGUCUGGAAGCUGCGGCUUUUGUACAGCAGAUGUAUCAGACUUCCACCCUCACACUUCAGAUGUUUGUCAGCGCUGGCGGGCUCAAUGUCUUGGUCCAGUUCCUUGAGGACGAUUAUGAAGAUGAGCGUGACCUAGUAUUGAUCGGGGUAAAUGGUAUUUGGAGUGUGUUUGAACUACAGGGGUCAACACCAAAGAACGAUUUUUGUAGGAUUCUAUCCCGCAACUCAGUGCUAGAUCCUCUUUCUCUUGUCUUAAGUCGAGUCUUGGAUGAGGAAGGAGAGCUGGCCGAAAUUAUCGAGGGUCGCAUUUCCAACAUCUUCUUCAUCUUCUCGCAGGCCGAGAAUCAUGUGAAGGAGAUGGUGGCAGAGCGCACUGUUUUGCAUCGGGUCCUCAAAGAACUUAGACGAAUGUCACCCUUCCACCAAGUCACGAUGUUGAAGUUCAUCAAGAACCUGUCCAUGUUAUCGACCACUCUGGACGCGCUUCAGAAUUCCAAUGCCAUCGACGUACUCACUGAGCUCCUUCAAUCAACCAUGAAACGUAGCCACUUCCGCGAAGUUUCGAACCAAAUCCUCAACACCAUCUACAACAUGUGCCGUCUGAAUAAAACCCGACAGGAAGACGCCGCGCUCAAUGGCAUCGUACCUCUGCUGCAGAAGAUUGUCAAGACCGAGCGGCCGCUGAAGGAGUUUGCCCUACCCAUUCUCUGCGACAUGGCACAGUCUGGAAAAGUGGGUCGCCGAGAGUUGUGGCGCAACAAGGGUCUCGCAUUUUACAUCUCUUUACUUGCGGACCCAUACUGGCAGGUCACUGCUUUGGACGCCAUCUUCACAUGGCUCCAGGAAGAAACUGCUAAGGUUGAGGAACACCUUUUGGAGAACCGCCGGGACAAGAUGUCCUUCACCGAUGCUAUUGUGCGGUGCUUGACCCUUUCAAAGGCGAAUGCUUUUGAGAACCUCCUCGAGCCCCUACAAAAGCUUCUUCGACUAAGCCCGCCAGUGGCGUCAACUCUCGCCCGGACCGACCUUUUCACCAGACUAGGACAAAAGCUUCAUCACAACAAAGCUGCUGUUCGACUGAACCUUUUGCGCAUCAUCUCCAGCAUCUGCGAUUCUAGUGAACAACAAGGUGGCCUGCUUGCUUCAUACGGUCUGCUGGAUGCGAUCCGGGAACUCGAGAAUGACCCUGCCAUCCUGGUUCGGGACAUGGCUGGAAAGCUGAUCCAAUCCAGCGAACGAGGCAACAAUUCCCUCGGCCUAGUGCGCAGACCUACCAGCCGCCGGAAAAGCACAUCAACUGCCAGCCCAAACCCAUUCUCUAGCUCCACUCCUUCAACCCCUUCCACCAACCGCACUAGCCAGUCGAGAGGACUCCUCGAGGGUCGUGAAACACCUCGUCACCCACGGAACGCCCUUAGUGGCUCCUCCUUGGCUCUCCGACCUGGUAGCCGUGACGGCAACACCUCUUCUCUGGGUUCAGCCCUUAAUGGCGGUGCUGCGGCAGCCCGCCCUCGAAUUCCUCGGGGCUUGUCCAACAGGCUCUCACAUGUGGAGCUGCUCCAGGAUGACGACAAAUCCCCCAGCUCCCUCAGCCGCCGCCCUUCGAUCCUUCCUCGUCGCCACCGCCCUACUACUGCUGAUUCUGAGUGGACAUGA